AACAUCCUCACCCACAUUAUAUCAAUCCUCAGUUACACUUGUUCCCACUCUCUUUUUUUCUUGUGAAUUCCAACACUUUCACUAACUAUUCUUUUUGUGUGUAUCCUACAAUGGCUUCAACAUCAGCACCACCCACUUCUUUCUCUGUCCUACAAUCUUCUACCUCCUCUACUCGGUCCCCUUCUCUCCUGCGCCUCGCCUCUACGCUCCGCCCGCCUCUCCGUCGCCUGGGAUUCGCCGGAGUUGUCGCAGAUUCCGCUUUAUCGCAACAUGUUAACUACAAGAUCCACUCUUCCUUCAAAUCUCUUUCCUCUUCUAAGCCCAUUAGAGGGGUUGCUACUAUGGUUAAGAAAAGUGUUGGCGACCUCACCUCUGCUGAAUUGAAGGGUAAAAGAGUCUUUGUUAGAGCUGACCUUAAUGUCCCUCUUGAUGAUAGCCAGAACAUCACUGAUGAUACUCGAAUUCGUGCUGCUAUUCCUACAAUCAAGCAUUUGAUGAAUAAUGGCGCUAAAGUUAUUCUUUCCAGUCAUUUGGGGAGACCUAAAGGUGUUACUCCAAAAUACAGCUUGGCACCACUUGUACCUAGACUCUCCGAACUCCUAGGUAUUCAGGUUGUGAAGGCUGAUGAUUGCAUUGGUCCAGAUGUUGAAAAGUUGGUUGGUGGACUUCCAGAAGGUGGUGUUCUGCUCCUUGAGAACGUUAGAUUCUACAAGGAGGAGGAAAAGAAUGAACCAGAGUUUGCAAAGAAGCUUGCCUCCUUGGCAGAUCUGUAUGUGAAUGAUGCUUUUGGCACUGCUCACAGAGCCCACGCAUCAACUGAAGGAGUUACCAAGUUUUUGAAGCCAUCUGUCGCUGGCUUUCUUUUGCAGAAGGAAUUGGACUACCUUGUCGGAGCAGUUUCAAACCCGAAGAGACCAUUUGCUGCUAUUGUUGGUGGUUCAAAGGUCUCUUCCAAAAUUGGAGUUAUUGAGUCGCUUUUGGAGAAAUGUGAUAUCCUACUCCUUGGAGGAGGAAUGAUCUUUACAUUUUACAAAGCUCAAGGUCUCUCAGUGGGAUCUUCUUUGGUAGAAGAGGAUAAGCUUGACCUUGCGACAACUCUCCUCGAGAAGGCCAAGGCAAAGGGUGUGUCUCUAUUGUUACCUCCUGAUGUUGUUAUAGCUGACAAGUUUGCUGCUGAUGCAAAUAGCAAGAUUGUCCCUGCAUCUGAAAUCCCUGAUGGCUGGAUGGGAUUGGACAUUGGACCAGAUUCUAUCAAGAUGUUUAGUGAUGCUUUGGACACUACCCAGACUGUCAUCUGGAAUGGUCCUAUGGGAGUCUUUGAAUUCGAUAAGUUUGCUGUUGGUACAGAGGCUAUUGCUAAGAAGCUAGAAGAGAUUAGCAAGAAGGGUGUGACCACAAUCAUUGGUGGUGGUGACUCUGUUGCAGCCGUAGAGAAAGUAGGAGUGGCAGAGUCAAUGAGCCAUAUAUCAACUGGUGGUGGUGCUAGUUUGGAGUUAUUGGAAGGCAAAGAACUUCCAGGAGUGCUUGCUCUUGACGAGGCUGUGCCAGUACCUGUGUAAAACAAGUUCAUCACUCUAUACAAAUUCUUUUUCCUCAUCUCCCCUCUUCCAUAUUCAGCUUAUUAACAUGAGUUUGUAACCGUGAAACAAGAUGUGAUAGAAAAUGAGCCACUUGUAGAUUGCCUAUCAAUGUUCCAAUAAAAAUUUUAAGAAGUUUGCCCAGGUUUUUGUGGAAAAAUGUACUCCCAUCUGUAUGUUGGACAAAUGAUUAUUGUUCACUAGUUUUGGGUAUUAUCUAUCAGUAUUGUUUUGAACUCA